AAAGAAAAAAACGCCACAAGCCGAAUUUGCGACGUCAGGAAGAUGAUGGCGAAGUCUGGAGCCGAGGUCGUGAUCAUUCCGCGCAACUUUAAGCUCUUGGAGGAGCUCGAGAGCGCCGAGAAGGGCCACGGCGACAUGAGCAUCAGCUACGGCCUCGAGCAGGCGGACGACAUCUUCCUCACGAGCUGGAUCGGCACAAUUCUUGGCCCUGCCGGCACGUGCCAUGAUGGGCGUAUUUACAGCUUGAAGAUCCACUGCGGCGAGCACUACCCGAACCAGCCGCCGGACGUCUAUUUUACGAGCCGCAUCAACAUGUCGUGCGUUGACCAGUCCAACGGCCGCGUGGACCCCCGUCGUAUCGGUGUGCUGGCGUCGUGGAACCGCAACUCGGGCAUCGAGCAAGUCUUGGUCUCUCUGCGCAACGAAAUGGCGUCGCCUGCCAACAAGCGCCUUCCCCAGCACCCUGAAGGCAGCGCCUUCUAGGCGCCUUCCUACCGCGGCCAUACCCCGCCUUUAUACUUGUAAUACGAUGACCUUGCGACCGAAAGCGAGGUGUUUCUUAUCUG